AGGCGCGGAAUCGGAGCUACAGAAACGACUUUCCGGACUACACGUUGACUCUGUCGUUGUCACGCCCUAACAUUGACGAGUCGAAGCUUGAAUAUUUUUCAGUGGGUUUAGUAGAGGAAAGACAAGUCUAGUCAACUUCGUUUCCUCAAUUCUUUGUCUCCGUCUUUGCCACUCUAAUACCCCACCAUGGAUUCGCAACAAUUUCGGGAUGCCGCCAAGGGCGCAAUCGACGAGAUCGUGACAUACUACGACAACAUCGCAGACGAGUCUGUGUUGCCGUCAGUAAAGCCGGGAUACCUGCGUCCGCUCAUCCCCGAUUCAGCGCCUGAGGAGGGAGAAUCAUGGGAGAUCAUCCAAUCCGACAUCGACCGUGUCAUCAAGCCGGGAUUGACACACUGGCAAUCACCAAAGUUUAUGGCUUUUUUUCCAUGCAACUCGUCCUUCCCAGCUAUGCUCGGUGACAUGUACUCGGGGGCUUUCAACGCUGCAGCCUUCAACUGGAUCUGCUCGCCUGCCAUUACUGAAUUGGAGACCGUGGUCAUGGACUGGGUUGCUAAGCUCAUUGGCUUGCCUGAGGUUUUCCUAAGUCAGGGCGAGGGCGGCGGUAUCAUUCAGGGGACAGCAAGCGAAGUCGUCGUCACAGCACUCGUCGCAGCUCGCGAGCGUGUCAUCCGGAGAAAGCUCAAAGCCAUGCCCGAGGGCGAAGAGAAGCUGGAUGCCGCCGCAGAUCUCCGCGGCAAGCUCGUAGCAAUGGGCUCCGAGCACGCCCACUCCUCCACCCAAAAAGCCGCCAUCAUCGCCGGCACGCGCUUCCGCACCGUCUCCGCCCCCGCAGAAAACAACUACAGCGUAACCGCCGCCUCUCUUCGCAAAACGAUCGAGGAAACAAAAGCCAAAGGCCUCAUCCCCUUCUACUUCACCGCCACACUGGGCAGCACCGCUACCUGCGCCGUCGACGACCUGGCCGGCAUCGCCGAGCUCGCAAGAGAAUACCCAGAUAUCUGGAUCCACGUCGACGCCGCAUACGCCGGCAGUGCACUCGUAUGCCCAGAGUACCAGCACCUCUGCCCGCCACUUGCAGCAUUCGACUCGUUCAACUUCAAUCUGCACAAAUGGCUACUAGUAAACUUCGACUGCAGCGCCUUCUUCAUCAAGCGCCGCAGAGACCUCAUCGACACAUACUCCAUCACGCCAUCGUACCUGCGCAACGAGUUUACCGAAUCCGGCCUUGUCACCGACUACCGCGACUGGCAGAUUCCGCUGGGCCGUCGCUUCCGCAGCCUCAAAGUCUGGUUCGUGCUGCGCUCCUACGGCGCCCAAGGGCUGCGCGCCUUCAUCCGCAAUCACAUCCAGCUCGGCGAGUUCUUCGCCGCGAGGAUCAAGACCCGUCCGGAUCUGUUCCGCAUCACGACGGAUGCGAGUUUUGCCCUCGUCACGUUCCAGGUCACGCCCGCUCCGCCGCGGGGUGGUAAAGCGGACCAACCUGAUCCCAGACACGAAGCGUACACCAGCGACUUCACGCCGAGCGGGGAGGCGCAGUACACAGAGGACUGCAAUCAGGCUACGAAGCGUGUGUACGAGAAAAUCAACUCCAGGGGGCAGUUCUACAUCUCGAGCUCGGUUGUAUGCGGGACGUAUAUCAUACGCAUCGUUAGCGCCAACACAGCCGCGGAGCAGCAGUAUCUUGAGAUGGUGUUUGACCAACUCGUCGAAGCUGCUGAAGAAGAAAGGAGGGGGGGGGGAUGAAGGCGUGAAGACGUGAAGGCUGUCUAAGACGACCUCCACAGCAUUCAAUAUGAAAGAUAUACGCAACAAUCUGCCCCAUACUGCUGCGCGUACUUCCCUUUAUUCGUGCGUCUUGAGUGAUCUCUGGCAUCAAGCAUCGCACCCGCAUGUCUCAAGAUCGUCCCCCCCCCACUCUUGUCAGUUGUCAAGCAGGUUUCCGCGCCCGAGGAUAAACGCAAGACCAACCGCUGGAUUCAUC